AUGGGAGAUGUGGCAAAGGACCUUGCAGCUGGGACUGUUGGAGGGGCAGCACAGUUGAUAUGUGGACACCCCUUUGACACUAUCAAGGUCAAGCUCCAAAGCCAGCCUGUACCACUCCCUGGUCAGCUUCCCAAGUAUUCGGGCGCAUUUGAUGCUGUCAAGCAGACAAUAGCAGCAGAAGGACCAAGGGGUUUAUACAAAGGUAUGGGUGCCCCUCUUGCUACAGUAGCAGCCUUCAAUGCUGUCCUGUUUACAGUGAGGGGACAAAUGGAAACAUUAGUGAGGUCCCAUCCUGGUGCCCCCCUCACAGUGAAUCAGCAAGUUGUCUGUGGAGCUGGAGCUGGAGUUGCUGUUUCGAUUCUUGCAUGCCCAACUGAAUUGAUCAAAUGCAGGUUGCAAGCACAAAGUGCGCUUGCUGGCUCUGAAACAGCUACUGUGGCUAUUAAAUAUGGAGGACCCAUGGAUGUGGCCAGGCAUGUUCUCAGAUCAGAAGGGGGCAUGAGAGGUCUUUUCAAGGGCUUGGUUCCCACUAUGGGACGAGAGAUACCAGGAAAUGCUAUAAUGUUUGGUGUAUAUGAAGCAUUAAAGCAAAAGUUUGCAGGAGGUACUGAUACAUCUGGCCUAGGCAGAGGUUCUCUGAUUGUUGCUGGAGGCUUGGCUGGAGCUUCUUUCUGGUUCCUUGUUUACCCAACUGAUGUUAUUAAGAGUGUGAUUCAAGUAGAUGAUUACAGAAACCCAAAAUUUUCGGGUUCGUUUGAUGCAUUCAGAAAGAUUCGAGCUUCAGAGGGCUUCAAAGGCUUGUAUAAGGGUUUUGGUCCUGCUAUGGCCCGAAGUGUUCCUGCAAAUGCAGCAUGCUUCUUGGCAUAUGAGAUGACCAGAUCAGCUCUGGCAUGA